GGAAGGAAAGCCUGACUCACCGGGACCGCAGCGAUCUGGCUGUGGCUGAGUGGAGUCUAGAGGGUGCCCACAGGGGCAGAGCUCCCCAACCAGGGCUAGGAAGUGGUCCCUGAACGCCCAUUUUAGGGAAGGACAGAGGGCAGAAGGAGAGAGUAACAGCCCUAAGGAACUUGGGAGUCCAGGGGCAGCCUUGAGUUUUGUGAAGUCGGCUCAUCCUCCGCCUUUAUUCGCUAGGUGAAUAAGGAGAGAGGAUGCAGCGCCGCGGGUCUCUAACCGCCUCUUGAAAGAAGGUACAAACAGCACACUCCCGAACUCCCAGCAAGGAUAGAGCACUCAGGCUUCAAACCCCCGCCGGCGCCGGUUUUUGUGGCCACUCUAUGAAUAUUCAUGAAGCCUUGGGCCAAUCAACGCCUAAGUGGCUCAGAGCACACCAAUCGGCUUACCGCAUGCAGAUAAGUAUCAAAGAUGGGCGGCUUUUCCAGAAGCGGGUGAAGACUUAAAGCCGGGUGGAAACGGAACCCGGAGCCUUAGGGACUCAGUUUCCGGAGGAGUGUGCCUGCGCGAUUGGCCUUGCUACGUCAUUUCCUAUUGGACUGGCGGAAGUUGCUUCCAAGCGCGCUGCGAUUUGUAGGCGUGAGUUCCGGUGGUGGCAGAAGUGGUUGUGUGUUGUCCGUACUGGAGAGUCGCGAUGGCGGCAGUGGAUUCGGAUGUCCAAUCGCUGCCUCGUGGGGGUUUCCGCUGCUGCCUCUGCCACGUUACUACAGCCAACCGACCCAGCCUAGAUGCCCAUUUGGGAGGCCGGAAGCACCGGCACCUGGUAGAACUACGAGCUGCCCGAAAGGCCCAGGGUCUUCGGAGUGUGUUUGUCAGUGGCUUUCCCCGGGAUGUGGAUUCUGCGCAGCUUUCUGAGUACUUCCAGGCAUUCGGACCCGUGGCUAGUGUCGUCAUGGACAAGGACAAGGGAGUUUUUGCUAUCGUGGAGAUGGGGGACAUAGGGACCCGAGAAGCUGUCUUGUCACAGCCCCAGCACAGCCUGGGAGGACACCGCCUGCGGGUCCGGCCACGGGAGCAGAAAGAGUUCCAGAGCCCUGCCUCCAAAUCCCCCAAAGGAGCGGCCCCUGACAGUCACCAGCUGGCCAAAGCACUAGCCGAGGCCCCCGACGUUGGGGCACAAAUGAUGAAGCUCGUGGGGCUGAGGGAGUUGUCCGAGGCUGAGCGGCAGCUUCGGAGCCUCGUCGUGGCCCUGAUGCAGGAGGUCUUCACAGAGUUCUUCCCUGGCUGUGUGGUCCAUCCUUUUGGGUCUUCCAUAAACAGUUUUGAUGUCCAUGGCUGUGAUCUUGACCUCUUCCUGGAUCUGGGUGACCUGGAAGACUCCCAGCCAGCCCCAAAGGCUCCAGAGUCUCCAUCUUUGGAUUCAGCCCUUGCAUCCCCACUGGAUCCUCAAGCCCUGGCCUGUACCCCAGCUUCCCCUCCAGACUCACAGCCUCCUUCUCCCCAAGACUCGGAAGCCCUGGACUUUGAAACUCCUUCCUCUUCCCUGGCACCCCAGACUCCGGACUCUGCUUUGGCCUCUGAGACCCUUGCCUCUCCCCAGUCCCUGCCUCCAGCCUCCCCACUGCAGGAGGACCGGGGAGAGGGGGACCUGGGGAAGGCCCUGGAACUAGCAGAGGCCCUGAAAGAGGGGGAGAAGACAGACGGGGUGGCCAUGCUGGAGUUGGUGGGAUCCAUUCUUCGGGGCUGUGUCCCUGGAGUGUACCGAGUCCAAACUGUGCCCUCUGCCCGACGCCCUGUGGUCAAGUUUUGCCAUCGGCCUUCAGGUCUCCACGGUGACGUCUCCCUCAGUAACCGGCUGGCCCUGCAUAACUCUCGUUUCCUGAGUCUCUGCUCUGAGCUGGAUGGGCGAGUACGGCCCCUCGUGUACACCCUCCGCUGCUGGGCUCAGGGUCGAGGGCUGUCAGGGAGUGGCCCCCUUCUCAGUAACUACGCCCUGACCUUGCUCGUGAUCUAUUUCCUUCAGACCAGGGACCCUCCUGUGUUGCCCACUGUAUCCCAGCUCACCCAGAAAGCAGGUGAGGGCGAACAGGUGGAGGUUGAUGGCUGGGACUGUAGUUUCCCCAGGGAUGCCUCAAGACUGGAGCCCAGCACCAAUAAGGAGCCCCUCAGUUCGCUGCUAGCCCAGUUCUUCUCCUGCGUCUCGUGUUGGGAUCUUCGUGGCUCACUGCUGUCCCUGCGGGAGGGUCAGGCACUGCCUGUGGCAGGGGGCCUGCCCUCUAAUCGCUGGGAGGGUCUGCGCCUUGGCCCCAUGAAUCUCCAGGACCCCUUUGACCUGAGUCACAAUGUGGCAGCCAAUGUGACCAGCCGGGUGGCCGGGAGGCUACAGAACUGUUCCCGAGCGGCCGCCAAUUACUGCCGAAGCCUACAGUACCAGCGCCGUUCCUCCCGGGGUCGGGACUGGGGGCUGCUCCCUCUUCUGCAGCCCAGCUCCCCCAGUGCUUUGCUGUCCGCAACGCCCAUCCCCUUACCCCCUGCUCCCUUCACCCAGCUCACUGCUGCCCUGGCCCAGGUGUUCAGGGAAGCACUGGGAUGCCAUAUGGAACAGGGAACCAAGAGACUGCGGUCAGAGGGAGGUGGGCCUGAGGAGUCUCCCCAGGGAGGGACAAGCAAAAGAUUGAAACGAGAUGGACAGGAAAAAAGCUGGGAGGAGGGAUGGGAGGAGCAGCAGGGAUGCACGGGAGACCCCAGCGAAGAUGGGGUGGAGGAAAUGGUUAUAGAGGUUGGAGAGACGGUGCAGGACUGGGCCGUGCAUAGCCCUGGGCGGCCAGGGGAGCCACCCCUCGUGACCGGGCAGCAUCUAGCCCCUGGAGAAGAGGGGCGGUCAGGCCAUGCGGCACUGGCAGAGCAGGGGCCCAAAGGACCUGAGGCAGCAGGAGAAGGGGCUCGGGGUGAGGCAGGGAAGGGGAUGUCCCUCUCCUUAGUGAGCUGGCGCUGUGCCUUGUGGCACCGAGUGUGGCAGGGGCGGCGGCGUGCCCGGCGACGCUUGCAGCAGCAAACCAAGGAUAGAGACGGAGGCGGUGCCGGCGCUGCAGAGUGGCUGGCAACGGAGGCUCAGGUAACCCGGGAGCUGAGAGGACCCGGCAGUGCUGCACAGAAGCCAGCGGCUGAGCCGCUCCUGACUUUCGUGGCGUCGGCCUCCCAGGCCGGCCAGAAUCUCACUGUGACCCCACUGCAGGAUUCUCAAGGCCUGUUUCCUGACCUCCAUCAUUUCUUACAGGUUUUCCUCCCUCAAGCACUUCGAAACCUCCUCAAGUGA